AACUCACCUCACACUGGUUUUUUUAAACUUAUCACUCCAGCUAGAAUUAGAAAGAACAAUAGUUCACGUAUAUUUCUGUCACUUGUAUAUAUGUUAUAUGUUAUAUAUAGGUUCUGCAUGAAUAAUUGUUUACAACCUAGAGAACCUCGAUACUGUGGCCAUGGCUCUGUUGAAUCAAUUCUGUGAAGAGCUAAAUACGAGCACUGUCUUCAAUCCCUUCCUGGUUUCUCUGCUCUUGCUUUUUAUCUUCGUUUUAUUUUCACUUUCUAGAUCAGUUGAGAAACUCAAAACGCCGCCUUCCCCAACAAGGUUGCCAAUAAUUGGAAACCUCCACCAGGUGGGCACACUCCCACACCGUUCUCUUCAUGCCCUUUCAAAGAAGUAUGGCCCUCUAAUGCUACUGCACUUGGGCCAAGUUCCAACACUAGUCGUUUCAUCUGCAAACAUGGCCAAGGAAAUAAUGAAGACUCAUGACAGUGUUUGCUGCAGCCGUCCCAAAUCUACAGCUGCAAAUAUAUUACUCUAUGGAUGCGGAGACAUAGCGUACUCUCCUUAUGGAGAGUACUGGAGACAAGUUCGGAAACUUUGUGUUGUUGAACUUCUAAGCCUUAAAAGAGUACAACAAUUUGAAUUUGCAAGAGAGGAAGAAGUUACAGAAUUGGUCAAGAGUAUACGCAAAGCAUGCCUGAGGAAGUCUCCCAUUAAUCUAAGUGACAUGCUGAGCACAACCUUCAACAACAUACUGUCUAGGUGUGUUACUGGAAACAGGUUUGUAGAGGAAAAUGAUAAUUGGUUUGGAGAGGCAUCAAGAAGGUUGUUGGUUCAACUCACGACUUUCAGUUUUGGAGAUAUGUUCCCUUGUUUGAGAUGGAUUGACAAUCUUAGAGGAUUCAUUGCAAGUUUGAAAGCAACUUCUGCCAAAUUAGAUGGGUUCUUUGAUCAGUUGAUUGAAGAACACAAGACCACAAAGGCAGAAGGUAUGCCCGAAACAAGUGAUUUUGUGGAUAUUCUUGUCAAACUUCAAAAAGAUGACAUACUUAACUUGGAUCUCACUCAAGACAACUUGAAAGCAAUCCUACAGGACAUGUUUAUUGGCGGAAGUGAUACUACAGCGACAGCUUUGGAAUGGCUAAUGGCAGAGCUUGUGAGAAAUCCAAGUGUGAUGAAGAAACUCCAACAAGAAGUAAGAAGAGUCGUGGGGAAAAAAGAAAAGAUAGAUGUAGAUGAUAUUAAUCAAAUGGACUUCUUAAAAUGUGUCAACAAAGAAACUUUAAGACUACAUCCUCCAGCUCCUCUUUUACUUCCGCGAGAAACAAUCGCAGCUGUAACACUGGGAGGUUACUAUAUCCCCGCAAAAACAAGGAUACUUGUCAAUGCAUUUGCAAUCCAAAGGGACCCCAAGUUCUGGGACAAGCCAGAGGAGUUCCUCCCGGAGCGAUUUGAGGACAACUCAAUUGAUUUUAAGGGCCAGGACUUCCAAUUUGUCCCGUUCGGUGGUGGGAGAAGAGGUUGUCCAGGGCUGGCCUUUGCGGUGGCUGGAGCUGAAUAUGUGGUUGCAAAUCUUCUGUACUGGUUUGACUGGAAGUUGCCAAAUGAUAAUGUUUCGGCCGAUGCCUUAGACAUGAGCGAGGUUUUUGGAAUCACUGUCCAUAAGAAAGCUCCUCUUCAUCUUGUCCCCAUACCAUACUCCCCUUAAUCACUCCACCUAGAGGCUUAAUGUUCAGUGUUCCAGUUGUUAUUUCAGUCUUUAUAUAUACAUACAUACCGUCCUAAAUAAACAUCUCAUGACGCACUUCUAUAUUGUGCUGGAGAGUUUGAACAAGUCCGAGGGUAGAAAUAUAUGUUGGUACGUGGCUGCGAAAUUUGGCCGAGUGCAAAAAUAAAAUUAAGAUCAGUACCAUCAAUCAUCCUAUUCUAAGACAUGUCUUUCUGCUGCUUUCUAUUUGUUUUUGGUGGUUGCGCAAUCCUG